AUGCCGAUUGACAACCACAAGCCGAAAGCACAAUACGAAGUGGAAUACGAGAGAUCUCAAGUUGCAACAAAACCCAGAAGAACUUCUGUCCCGCUUCCAGAUCGGACUAGGCCUAGGAGUUCAUCUAAGUUUAAAAAAAGCUUGAAGACUAUAGAGUCCUCUGCCCUUCAAAUUCCACGACUGGAAGAACCAUCAAGAAGGGCAAACGCCGAUCAAGAGAACAUCCUGUCCUCACGGCCUCAUGCUGAAGCAUCUUCAGAGCAUCAGAAGACAGAACAAGCCAACAAACCUCAUGUUGUCGAAGAAAGUCAGGCCAGGCCACACGCACGGGAUCCACCGAUUUCUAUAGCACGGGAUGUUUCAUCCAGUUUAAGAAAUAACGACUUGGUACAAGACUCGAAGUUGGACACUGCUCUUAUCGAUCAUGAUGGUAACUCUGUUCAACAUACACUGUAUAUAUCAAGCCACAGAUCUCGCCGACGCCCAAGAAAAGUAGAGGAGACAUGGAAACGAAGUCGGAAAAUUGGUAGCGGCACAUUCGGUAACGUUUGGCUCCAGGAGUGCGUCGAUGGUAAGAAUGAGAAUAUCGGCCGAUUGCGUGCGGUAAAAGUAAUAGCGAAGACGAAGUGUGGGGAUGGAAGUGCCCCGAUUGAAUACAACCGAGAGUUGGAAGCGAUCGCGAAAUUUUCCCAGUCAAAGUAUGUUCACUGCUUCGCCGAGUCGUAUGGCUGGUAUGAGAACAACGAUACUAUCUUCAUUACAAUGGAGUAUUUCGAAAACGGAGAUCUUCGGCGCUAUUUAAACCACCCUUUCCCGGAGCCUCAGGCUAAGGAGAUUGUAUAUCAAAUUCUUGAAGGCCUGCGCUUCAUGCACAAAAGCAGUUUCGCUCAUAGGGAUUUAAAGCCGGCAAACAUUCUCGUUUCCGAAGCUUCCCCAAAUUGGUGGGUCAAGAUAAGCGAUUUUGGUAUUUCCAAGAGGGCCGAACAGGAGUCAACAGCAUUCCGUACGUUCGCGGGCACGAGGGGCUACCUUGCCCCAGAGGUUAUGGCUAUAUAUCCUCCAGAUGAAAAGCCACGCGAAAAGGGCUCUAGAAGGAAGGAGAUAUACACUAACGCUGUCGACCUGUGGGCUCUUGGGGUGAUCAUGUUUCAACUGCUGACGACCCAGCUUAUCAUGAAAGAUCCCCACGAGCUCUGGGAAUACGUGAACGGAAAUCAAGCACUCCCAGAAGAAGUUCUUGACAAAAAUUAUGUCAGCGAUGCAGCAAAAACUCUUGUUAAACGUCUAAUGGCUCCAUCACCCGGACGCCGACCCUCCGCUUCCGUGGCCUUGAACUACGAAUGGUUCACAGACUUGGAUGAUUCUUCAGAAUCAAAACUUACCAACGAACAAUUCCGAUUCUAUGGCCACCGCAAGCCUAGCAUGGCCGCCAUCGUUCUCGGAAACAUGAUCAUAGAAAAUCAUCGCUCUUAA